AUCUCGCGUGUUUUGGCCUCGCUGGCACAUUUUUGCCUCCGCGGUCCGGUGUGAAAACUCCUUCGGCCCCCCCACAGCAGAUUCCUCCGGCGUUCCGUCCGCAAAUCUUGGAGUUGUUUAAAGCGCAAUGGCAGACCAGGUGGAAAAUGGUGCCGCCGCAGCAGAACCGGUAAAGUCCGAGAAGCAGCUGAAGAAGGAAGCGGAGAAGGCAGCCAAGCUGGCCAAACUGCAGGAGAAGCUGAACAAGAAGGCCCAGCAGCAGGAACAGUCCGCGGCGAAGCCGAAGGUUGAGAAGAAAGCCAAGGAAACGAAGGAAGCGAUUGUGUAUACGGCCGGCACGGCCGAGGGCGAAAAGAAGGACCUUUCGGGACCGUUCCCCGACGCGUACAGUCCGCAGUACGUGGAGGCGGCCUGGUACAGCUGGUGGGAGAAGGAGGGCUUCUUCAAGCCGGAGUAUGGCCGCAAGGAGAACAACCCCCGCGGGCAGUUUGUAAUGGUGAUUCCGCCGCCGAACGUGACCGGGUCGCUGCACUUGGGGCACGCCCUGACGAAUGCCAUCGAGGACGCGAUUACGCGCUGGCACCGGAUGAAGGGACGUACGGCGCUGUGGGUGCCGGGCUGUGACCAUGCUGGGAUUGCCACGCAGGUCGUCGUGGAGAAGAAGUUGUGGCGCGAGCAGAAGCUCAACCGGCACGAUCUGGGCCGGGAGAAGUUUAUCGAGAAGAUUUGGCAGUGGCGGAACGAGAAGGGCGAUCGGAUCUAUCAUCAGCUGAAGAAGUUGGGAUCGUCGUUUGAUUGGGACCGGGCGUGCUUCACGAUGGAUCCGAAGUUGUGCCGGGCAGUGACGGAAGCUUUUGUUAGGAUGCACGAGACGGGGUUGAUUUACAGGAGCAGCCGGUUGGUGAACUGGUCUUGUGCGCUGCGCUCGGCCAUUUCGGACAUUGAGGUGGACAAGGUUGAGGUUGCUGGGAAGACGCUGUUGGCGAUCCCCGGAUAUACGGAUAAGGUUGAGUUUGGAGUGUUGGUUUCGUUCGCGUACAAGGUGGAAGACAGCGAUGAGGAGAUCAUCGUGGCCACGACCCGUGUGGAGACCAUGCUGGGAGAUACGGCUGUGGCCGUCCAUCCGAAGGACGAUCGCUACAAGCAUUUGCACGGUAAGUUUGUCCAGCAUCCGUUUUGCAACCGGCGGAUUCCGAUCGUGUGCGACGACUUUGUGGAGAUGGACUUUGGAACGGGUGCCGUCAAGAUCACUCCGGCGCACGAUCCGAACGAUUACGAGGUCGGCAAGCGUCACCAGUUGCCGUUCAUUACGAUCUUCACCGACGAUGGGUUCAUCUGCGGAGAUUACGGUGAGUUCACCGGAAUGAAACGAUUCGACGCCAGGAAGGCCGUCCUCGCCGCACUGCAAGCCAAGGGCCUGUACAAGGAAACCGUCGACAACCCGAUGGUGGUCCCGGUCUGUUCGCGUUCCAAGGACAUUGUGGAACCGCUGAUCAAGCCGCAAUGGUACGUCAAGUGUGACGACAUGGCCAAAAACGCCACCGAAGCCGUCCGCAGUGGCGAGUUGAAGAUCAUUCCGGAAACGCACACCAAAACCUGGUACCACUGGAUGGACGGAAUCAGAGAUUGGUGCGUGUCGCGUCAACUGUGGUGGGGACACCGCAUUCCAGCGUACUUGGCCUCCUUCAAGGACGCCAGCAAGAAACCCGCAGAUUUGGACGAGGAAAGCCUCUGGUUCGUGGGUCGCAACGAAGAGGAAGCGCUGGAGAAGGCCGCCAAGAAGCUGGGAGUCGACAAGGCCCUCCUCUCACUGAAGCAAGACGAGGACGUCCUCGAUACCUGGUUCAGCUCGGGACUCUUCCCCUUCUCCGUGUUCGGCUGGCCGGACAACACCGACGACCUCAAACUGUUCUACCCGACGAGCCUGCUGGAGACCGGCCACGACAUCCUCUUCUUCUGGGUGGCCCGCAUGGUCUUCUUCGGCCAAACCCUGCUCGGCAAGCUGCCCUUCAAGGAGGUCUUCCUCCAUCCGAUGGUUCGCGAUGCCCACGGCCGCAAAAUGUCCAAAUCGCUCGGCAACGUCAUCGACCCGAUGGACGUCAUCACCGGCAUUUCCCUCGAAGGCCUCCACCAGCAGCUGCUCGAUUCCAACCUGGACCCGCGUGAAAUCGACAAAGCCAAGGCCGGCCAAAAGCAAGACUACCCCAACGGAAUCCCCGAGUGCGGAACCGACGCAAUGCGAUUCGCCCUGUGCGCCUACAUGACCCAAGCCCGCGACAUCAACCUGGACAUUAUGCGCGUCCAAGGCUACCGAUUCUUCUGUAACAAGCUGUGGAACGCAACCCGUUUCGCCCUAAUGUACUUCACCGGCGACGAAAAAUUCGACGUAAUCCAAACCCUUACCGGUUCCGAAAGCACCAUCGACCAGUGGAUCCUGUCCCGCCUCGCCAACUGCAUUGACAUCUCCAACAAGGGCUUCGAAAAGUACGAAUUCGCCCUAGCAACCAACGCCUGCUACGACUUCUGGCUGUACGACCUGUGCGACAUCUACCUCGAAUGUCUCAAACCAACCUUCCAGUCCGGCUCAGAAGAGGCCAAAUCCGCCGCUCGCCGCACCCUCUACACCUGCCUCAACCUCGGCCUCAAACUCCUGUCCCCGUUCAUGCCGUUCAUCACCGAAGAACUCUACCAACGCCUCCCACGCGCCGACGCCCCAACCGUGGCCAGCAUCUGCGUCGCCCCCUACCCCGAGCUCGAAACCAGCCCCUGGCAAAACGAACCCCUGGAAAAAGACUUCGAGUUCGUCCAACGCGCCGCCAAAAUCAUCCGUUCCGCCCGCAGCGACUACAACCUCCCCAACAAAACGAAAACCGAAGCCUUCAUCGUGUGCACCGAUGACGCCGUCCGCGCCACCCUCCAACGCUUCCCCACCGACCUGGCCACCAUGUGCUACUCCCAAAUUACCUUCGCCCAAGCGGACCAACCCCCUCCCCCCGGUUGCGCCAUCCUGACCGUGUCCGGCGCCUGCGUCGUGCACCUGCUGCUCAAGGGACUCAUCGAGCCGGAAAAGGAGAUUGAAAAGCUCGGCAAGAAGAGGGAAGCCCUCACUGGGACCGUUGGAAAGCUGGAGGAAGCGAUGGGAAAGGCGGACUAUACCGUCAAGGUUCCGGAGGAUGUGCGAAAGAGCAACCAGGAAAAGCUCGAGCAGAGCAAGGUGGAGAUUGAACGUAUCAUUGCCGCGAUGGAGACGCUCAAGACGAUGUAAGAGGGAGAGAGGGUGGAAAGCAACGGAACAUUUCGGAGAGCAUUUUUUCUAUUUAUUAAAUCUUUUUACUCGCGCGUUUGUUGAGCGAUAUUUGGAGGCGGCCUUCGGUGCUAAGCUGUAGUAAUUUAUUGAUCCAGCAAAAGAAAACUAAACUUGAAGUAGAGCAGCUUCGCGGCAAUUAAACAGUUAUCAUAUCCUUAUCGUGAAAUAUGCAUGUUCUAAAGACACAAUAAUACAGGCACAUAAUGAAGCGCAAUAAGCUUGGAAAAAAGUA